UCAAAAAACUUUGCGACGGAUUUUGAUCCCUCGCUGGAAAAAAAAAAUCAUUACUCAUAACCCUAACCCUAAGCCGACAGACUGCCGAUUACGCUGACUGCCAUCUACGGUUCUCUCCCGUUACGCUGCCCCCGACGCCGACCGCCGACCGCCGCUGCCAGCUUCGCCGGCCGUCGCUGACUGCUUCGCUGCCCGCUUGUCGCUGCCUCCUCGCUGCCCGCCGACUGCUUCGCUAAAAGGAAAGAUAAGGACUUCAUAAAUUUGUUGUGUGAAUCUGUAACUAGUGAUGGCUGCAUCUUCUUCUCGGUUGCGCCGUGCAGGUUGUUCUUUAUUGGGUGGCCUUUGUAACAACUCUGCCUUGUUCACGAGAGCAUCACCUAAGAUUAUAUCCAAUGAUUUAUUCACACAGCAACUAAGAACUUUUAUACAAAUGAGGACCAACCUCAAAGUGGUAGACAAUUCGGGUGCGAAAAGAGUUAUGUGCAUACAAGCAUUGAAGGGCAAGAAAGGAGCAAGGCUGGGGGAUACAAUAGUUUGCUCAGUAAAGGAAGCGCAGCCAGGUGGGAAAGUGAAGAAAGGAGAGGUUCACUACGGCGUAGUUGUUCGUGCUGCAAUGCCAAGGGGCCGCUGUGAUGGGAGCGAAGUGAAGUUUGACGACAACGCUGUGGUGCUUAUCAACAAGCACGGAGAGCCAAUCGGUACCAGAGUUUUCGGUCCCGUUCCCCACGAGCUUAGGAAAAAGAAGCACAUCAAGAUUCUCAGCCUCGCAGAGCACAUUGCCUGAGGUACAUAGAUACUCUGGCUGCCAUCUCAGAGAUGAUAUGUUCAUAUCCUGUGCUGUGCUGUGCUACUUUGGAAUAGGUCUUAGUACAAGCUAGUCUACUUUUUGCUAGGGUCUGGGGUUGAAUAGGUACACUAUUUUACCCAUGUUACCAGUUUGGGUAUUUUCGGUUUCCAAAUCAAAAUUGUUGCCUUUUUCACAAACAAGCUUUACAAAUUGUACGGAGUAACUGCUGCAAUACUGCAUGGUUUUACUUUUGUUUUGUUU